AUGUCACAGGUCGGAUUAAUAGCAAGUCGCCCUUUCUCUGAAUUGAAAACCCCUGAGGAAGUUGCAGUUGCAACAAAUUCUAAAGACGAAGCCAAUAAUAUUGAAGAAAGUGAAUGGGAAUUUCAUCCGGAUGCAGUGGAGAAACCUUCUAAACCUGUAAGUGAAGGCGUAACAGAAGCUGGAGAGGUGAAGUCUUAUAUUGCCAUUAGAGAAGAGCUGUACAAGAAGGCUAAAGAAUUUGAUCCCAAGAUUAUUGAUUUUGAGACUGCUAUCAGAAAACCCUACUUGCAUCAGGUUUUUAACAUUUUUUUUGAUAAUGUAUACAGAGGCAACCGGAGAUUCACCUGUUCACUUCAUCGUACUUGUGAACUUUGA